CUCUUCCUUCCCGUUCGUGGUUGUAUGUCGGCUCUAGAAUAACACAACUAAACACCACACGUCUGAGAGCUGCUCACAGCCGGAGGACAACAGCACGUCUCACUUAUUGUCCUGAGUUUAUUCAUCAAGAACCUCAUUAUUUCAUUACCAGCAGCUAUCACUAUUCGUUAUUUGGUGUGAUCACACCCCAAAGAUCACAUUAUCAAUGGAAACUCACAGAGCGGCGGGAGAAUUACAGAUCAGAAGACUUGAUGUUUUUUUUGUGAAGCACGGAUAAUAACGAACAUUAUGCCGGGGUGUGCAGCAGGUGUCUGCGGCCCCCGGUUGCCAAGGGAGCGGCUCGGGUGGACGGGAGGAGGGGGACUGUGUGGUGGAAGCCCUGUCGGUGGUGAGUGACGACCAGUCCAUCUUCGAGAACCCAUACUCAGCGCCCAUCAUGCAACUGAAGACUGACAUGGCGUCUGCCUUUAGCCAGACCAAGCCCAGCCCCGAGCACACAGAGACCCCCGAGUGGUCCGGCGCCGUCACCCAGAGCAGCAGGCGGGUCGAACAGGUGAACGGAAGCAGUCGGGCUUCCCCGGUGGACUGCAGCGUGACCAAACGCUCCAGACACAGCAGUGCCGCCGACAGCGCCCAGGUGGGCUAUCAGGCGUCCUAUCCGGACCCGGCGCCUCCUCCUCCAAUCACCACGGAGGAGAAACGAGUCAUCGUCCCUGCAGACCCGGAGGUGUGGAGCCAGGACCAUGUGCGCCAGUGGCUGGACUGGGCCAUCAAGGAGUACGUCCUGGAGCACCUGGACGUGCUCGUGUUCCACGCGCUGGACGGGAAGGACCUCUGCAAGAUGAGCAAGGAGGACAUGAUGCGCCUCACGUCAGCCUACAACGCCGACAUCCUGCUGUCCCACCUCAACUACCUCAGACAGAGUAGUCCAACCUUCUCCUACACCUCUGCUGCCACCAACCCCACCACCCCCACUCCCCAGCAGACCCGGGUCCAGAUCAAAGCAGAAAACAGUUUUGACGAGAUAAGUCGCAAUCGAAGCAGCUGGCAGAACAACCCCAUGGCGGCUGCACCAAAAGCUCCUCCGCUGGACCAUCAGCACAGCAGCCGGGAGCCAGCCCCCAGGAUGACCCAGGACCCGUACCAGACAUUAGGACCAAUCAGCAGUCGAUUAGCCAACCCAGAAGAAGCCCUGGUCUCCUCCACCAACCCCACCUCCUCUUCCAGGCUCCCCGACCCCAGGACUCACAGGCCUGGGGGCUCAGGACAGAUCCAGCUGUGGCAGUUCCUGCUGGAGCUGCUGUCGGACAGCAACAACGCCAACAUCAUCACCUGGGAGGGAACCAACGGGGAGUUCAAGAUGACCGACCCGGACGAGGUGGCCAAGCGCUGGGGCGAGCGCAAGAGCAAACCCAACAUGAACUAUGACAAGCUGAGCCGCGCGCUGCGCUACUACUACGACAAGAACAUCAUGACCAAGGUGCACGGCAAGCGCUACGCCUACAAGUUUGACUUCCACGGCAUCUCCCAGGCCCACCAGAACCACUCGGCGGAGGGUGGUAUGGGAAAGUACCAGACAGACAUGUCGUACGCUCAGCCGUACCACAGCCACCAGCCAAAACUCAACUUCAUGGCCGCCCAUCCAGCACCAAUGCCCGUGUCUCCGGGAAGUUACUUCCCUGGCACGCCCUACUGGAACUCCCCCAACAGCCCCUUGUACACCGGGACAGCCAUGCCACGCCACCCCCCCACCCACCCUCACCUCAGUUCUUACUACUGAGAUCGAACCCUGGCCCUUUAAGGUCCAGGACCCAACUUAGACCUGAAUUUCUUAAACUGUGGGGUUGGGACCCAAAAUGGGUCGUGAUCCGAGUCGGAAGUGGUUUGCGGCUUGACAACGCAUAGACCACUCCGAAAACUCUUUCACCAAAAAAAAGGUCACCAAAUCGGGUAUACUCCGAGUUCUCUGAGUGUUCGCUGGUUGGGUCCCACGGAUACACUUAAAUGGUCUUUUGGGUCCCGAGAUGAAAAGUUUAGUGAACCACUGGUCCAGCCCAUAGACACAACCAUCCAGAAUGCAUCCGACCGGAGGGAUCCCCUGAAAUGAAGGUUUUGGUGAACCGACGCUAUGGUUUCAUGUAAAUGUAUUUUUAAUGAGAAUACGAAGAAUGAACGAGUUGAGAUCCGCAGGUCCUCCUGAGCUGUGGCGUACCUGUCAUAUAAGUAGCCUACUAGUAGUAAAAUGACAGUGAUAAUUGUGUUUUUUCCUUUCCUUUUGACAGUUAUAACUUGUAAAGACUGCUUAUAAUGGGAGUGCUUCUUUUUAUAUUCACCUUCCUGGAUUUUGUAAAGAUUUCGUUGUACAGAAUGUUUCAUACAAUUUAGUAAAACAUUUUUAGGCAUAAACCCAAUAAAGAUUAUACCUGUACUG